GGAACAACUGAAGAGGGGGGUUGUGGUUGCCGUGUGUGAAGAUUGUUUACAUUAGUUGUUCACCAAAGUGAGAUUAUUGGCAAGGCGAGACAGGCAUCCAAACGAAGACAUGGACUCGUCUGUCGAGAUGGCAGAGCGGGUUCCUGAACUCUACAAAACUCCUCCUUCCUCAGAAGAAGAGGAGGAUCCAGACCCAGCUGCCGGCCUUUUCUCUUAUGGUGAGGACGUUCAGACGUGGGCUCACCGUUGCGUAAUGAAGUGCAAAGAAACGCUGGAUGACCUUGAAUCUGUUCUGGCGGCAUGGUACCAGCUACCUCCCAAUGUGAAGCUCAGAGUGAGUCACUCUCUGAAGGUUGCCACUUUCUGGUGGCACAUCUUACUCAGACCAGAUGAAACGCAUGCCACCACAAUAUGGGCCAUCGUCACAGGAUUUUUGGACUCAAAUCCUGGAGGAGAUCUCAGCCUGGCUGCGCUGGAGCGCAUUGAGAUUCUGGAGUGCCUUCUGAACGCCAUGCAGAAGGGAUGGUUAAAUGACAAGCUUACAAAGCAGCUAAUACCGAUGAGUGCCUGUUUCCAGUUGUCGGAUGGCGAUCUAACCGAUGAGGCGUUGGCAUGGUUGCUGAACACGGGAGAGCCCAGCAUUUUGCUGAAACUUCAGAUGCUGGGACCCCGAUACGUCUACUCUGAAGUCAUCAGAUUCGUCUUUGGGAAAUUUUCCCCCCUCUCUACCGAGGCUGUCGCUGGUCAAAGUAUCCUGCUGAAGUUGAAGGAGGAGUAUAGCCUUGAGCCAGACCCUUGGUCGAAAGAGAAAAGUGAAGAUAUGAAAAACAAGGGAAAUGAGCAGUUUCGAAAAAACAAAUUCCAAGUGGCGUUGAAGUGGUACACAAAAGCCAUCAAAUAUCAUCCAACUAAUCAUGUCCUCUAUGGGAAUAGGGCUCUUUCCCUUAUACGUAUCGGAAAGUAUUUAAAAGCUGUUGGAGAUGGGAAGCGUGCCAUUGUUUUAAAACCAGAUUGGGCUAAGGGUCACUAUCGUUUUUGUGAGGCCCUGUUUCUCAUGGAGCAACGCAAGAAGGCUGUCAAGUCCAAUGAGAGGGCGCACACCCUUUGUAAGGCAGACUCAGAAGGUCUCAAGGAGCUGGAACGACAGAGAGUCAAGUUUCUGGAGGAAAUCGAAGAAGCGCAACAGAAGGCAGACAGGUCGAAGAAACUUACAAAUUUAAAAAGUCCAAAUAAACGACCUCAUGGUACGAUGGCAAAAGGUGCUGAGCCGCAGUGUGAUCUGCACCAACGGAGUGCCUCUCCCAAAACAAAGAGUGACAUAAGCCCAAAGAAAGAGGAACCAAAACCUCUCUCAGGUUAUCCGCUAUUUCGUAUCGUUGCUGAAUAUGGAAUGGAUGGCUCAGAUGAGGAGGAGGUCAAGCCAACCAAACCAGCUAACAAAAGGGAAACGAAGCCGAAGAGAGAAGAGAAGAAGAGUCACGGAGCUGAAGCGACUCCUCAGAGUCAGGAAAAGGCGAAACCCGAAGCAAAACCCAAAAGCAAAUCCUCACAAGCAAAGAAGGCUCAAUUGCCAAAAGGUGAGAAUGAUGUGAAGACGCAGCUGUCCAGCACCAUUUCAGACGCUCACGUGGCCUUGAAUGACCACCACUGGGUCAAUGCCAAACAAGCCUUCCUCCAAGCCCUCGACAUGCUGGACUCCUCACCCCCACAGAAGCUAAGCGUAUCUAGCGGUGACAAACUGCUCCUCAUGUAUGGAUAUGCCUUGGCUCUCAUAGAGAUCGGGCAACCACAGGAGCUGGCUGAGGCUUCCAAGCAGUUUGGGCAAAUCCAGUUGAGCUGUGAUGAGAAGUUUGAAAGCUUGGUUUACUUCGGAGUGGGACGAGUUCUGCUGAAGGAGAACAGGUUUCCAGAGGCUCUCCAACAGUUUUCUGAAGCACUGCAGGCAGUGGAGAAGACGAUAACCUCUGAAGAGCUGAUCUGGCCCACCACAAAAGUGCCUGUGAAAGAAGCCCAGAAGAAAUAUUUAACAGACUUUCUGGAGACGUCCAUGGAGAUCUGCAGAUUCCCACCUCCUCCAGACGCUGUGUGCAGACAUAAGAUAUUUCAGGACCAUGUGAAGAAAGAGAUUUACUUCACAGACCCGGGCUUCAAGGGAUUUCAUCGUCUGGUGUGCGAUCAGAGAUGUGCUGUGGAAUUCCACACGAGUUGCUGGAAGAAAUUUAAGACUGUCACAUUCCCCGACAAAACGGAUAAGGAUUUCAUACAGAACUCUUGCUUCACCCCUGACUGUACUGGGAAGAUUUGUCAUGUUGUGAUUGUUGGUGCAAAUGGACGUAUGAAAUGUGAGUUUGAGACAACCACCCCUCUGAAGCAGACUUCGGAGAAACCAAAAAUAAAGCAGCAACCACCAACUCCAAGCAAGUCCAUGAAAAUUAAAGAGGAAAGAAAAUUCAAGCCCACCAGACUUCUACAGGAUUCUGAGUCCGUUCGAAACCAGUUGAGCCCGAAGCAGAGCAUCAACAUUUUAGCAGGCGGGGAUAAAGUUCAAGCCUGGGUGGAUGAAGAUUUCGUCUUGCGUCAGCUCGGGGAGAUGAGGAAUUGUUUUGCGGACCAGCCGCGGGGGGUGUCUACUGCCAUGACGGCUCUGAAGCCGUGGAUGGAGUCGGACUCUGCCAAGGGCCUGGAGCGUCCUGCGCUGCUGACCGGCAGUGGCGAGGAGCCAGCUGACCUGAGCGGCGUGGUGGACAUUGUCCUGCAGAGGAAGAGCCGAGUGUGGGCGCGCAUCUUUGUCCACGAGCUCAGCGACUUUUCUUACAUCACACCCAAGCUCCUGGAGUGGGCCCAGCAUCUGAACGCUCAAGGUUUGAAAGUGGCCCAGGCGUUUAUCGAGCGCUACGCGGAGCCUCUGGAGGAGCUGGACCUGAAUCCCCUGCUGGCCUUCCCCCCGGUGCAGGACGCCCUGGUCCAGCGCUUCGGGACCAUGCCGGACUCCUUCUUCAGCGGAAACGGGUUAACUGUUACGGAGUACCUCAGGCAAGCCUCGCCGCACGACAUGCGAUUGUUUAUCUGGACCCUCGAGGAGAACAGAGAGUUGUAUCCCUCGUGCCACAUGGUGCUGGAUGACUAUUUUGCAACAGAUUGUAGUUAUUUGGUGAUCAAAAAGACUGAAAAUGAAAAUUCUGCUAAUCAGCACCUGAAGAAGAGUAAGAACAAAAGAAAAAAAGGCAAAGAGUCUAAGACCGAGUUUUUCUUGUCUGGAAUGGGCACCGGAGCGGUGAGAGAGGAAAGAGAAGACGAAUUUCUUUAUGAUGAGGAUUCAUUCAUGCUACUUGACAGCUUGGAUCCGUUCUGCAUUCCUGAACACCUUCGGGACCAAGUUGCAGAGUUUGAAGAGGAAGUGGGCGCCGGAGAUGGUUACUACGUCACUCCAGACCCGGCCCGUCAGAUUUUGUAUGAUUAUUUUGUUCAGGUUCUUGACGAGCACGGACCAUUGAAGAUUGACGAUCCAUUGCUUGUGGGAGAACUGGAGAACUUUCCAGAGGACCCGCGCAGAACAAUUAAAGAGUCAGGUGGACUGAAACCUUUUCUUUUGCAGUCGUUGAGAUUCGUCAUGAAGGACGACGUUGUUGGUUUGAUGAAACACGUCGGGAUACUCAGCAAUGUGGCCGCAAAAUACUCCGACAGCCCGUCUUACUGCCCUUUUGAGGACGUUGAUGAAGACGAUGGGACAUGUCUGAACCCAUGUGCAGACGAAUUUUACCCGAACGGGGGUGAGGAGGCUUUUAUGAACGCUAAAGCCAUUUCCAGGAUUCACAACAUGGCUGGGAUAGAGGAUUGGUCGGAUUGCUACUUAAAACACGACCCGGAUCUCGGCAGCGUGCCAUUUGCGAGACCUAUUCAUACAUGCUUGGCUUCCAUUCGUUCUCAGGAUUCGUGUUCAAAGGCUCAGAACAAAGCUGGGAUCGAAGACUGGUCAGAUUGCUUCUUAAAACAUAACCAGGAUUCCGGCAGCAUUCUGUUUGCGAGACCUAUGCAUGCGUGCAUGGGCGCUACCAAUAAUCAAUCUUCGUCUUCUCAAAUGCCAAAGAUUUCACAUCCACCCGGCUGCUCAAGUGAAAAUGUUUUAUCAGGGAAACGUUUGGAAAUGUUUGGGACCAAGGUUGCUUCCCCCUCUAAGAAACAAAAGGAUACAGGUUCACCAUCAAAAUCGGCACAUCAUGUAAAAUCAGGAGGAGCUUUUCCUGGAGGAAACGAUGGUGGGAAUACUUCAAGCCCACCACAUGAGGUAAUGGAUAUCUGUGAACAACAGGGUGUUGCUAAAAAGUCAUUCAGUGUUGCUGUUAAUACUGAAGCAUGCGAGAUCAUUGAAAACAUGAAAGGUGAUAUGAUGAAAAAGGAGAAAACGAAUUUGGAGUUUAAAAAUAAAAUACCACAAUUGAGGAAGGCUCUCGAUGACGCCAAUAAAAAGAGAGAAGAAGAGUCGGCUCAGCAUGAAGAAACUCAUCAAGAAAUUUGUCAGAAAUUAGAGGUCAUCAAUAAGGACCUCUCUGCAUUUCAGCAGAAGGUUGACGAGGAGAUGAAAAUGUAUCAGCCAGAGAAGAAGGAGAAUCAGGAAACACUCAAAGCUUUGAAGGAGCAAAUAAGCACUGCAACAGCAGCAAACGACAGUGUUGCGAAUGACAUCAUCGAGCAAAGUGAAAAGUAUGACACAAGACACACCCACCUCUCUACCGCCAGAAACCAAUUGGUGGCAGAGAAGUCCAGUUUGAAGGGUGAGGUGGACCGGUACAGGCCGUUUGCGGCGCGGUCCAGCCAGCGCUGUCAGCAGGCCUGGGUCCUGAUGCUGGAGAGCCAGCAGACACAGGGCCUCAGGGGCCUGAAGAGGUGCGUCUACCGGGGGAAAUCCAUCCUCAGGCGCAUCUCCGAACUCACUUCCAGGUACCCUGCUUCAGGUCUUGAAAGGCUCAUUGACUCGUGGAAAACCUACACGCACGACGCAGAGCAGAAAAUUGCCCAAACUCAGACUCAGUUCAGAGAGCUGAUUGAAAUGGUGAAAAAUGGGAGCUCUCUAAGCAGCCUACCUCAGCUGCCUGUGCCCACCUGUCCCCCCACCCCACCUGAACCGAUUUUGGACCCUCAAAUACCAGCACAGCGUUUUGGACCAAGACCAGGCAUCUCGCAGCCCCUAAAUCCCCAGAUGCCGUUCCCCUUCCCGAUUCACAACUCUCUUCAGCUGCUUGACACGUUGGACUUCUCAGAGGACCAACGCUCAACGGGUCCGAGUGAGUCCUCUAGGCACCAGGCGAGUUCCCAUCAAGCACCAGGCUCCCCCAUCAGGCCCAUCGCCAGGCCCACUCCAUCACAUUCACACACGCUCACAAACACACCAGCAGCUGCUGUCUCAAGGCCUACCAACAGCUCAGCAGAGGAUCUUCACCCAGCUGUGGGCCAGUCCGGUGUGUUUGGGGCCCAGUCAGCUGUGGGCCAGAGGGCCCCUGGACCUCACCCAUCCGCCAGGCAGCCUGGAGGGGCUCAGGCUCAGGCUCAGGCCCAAGCUCAGGCUCCUGUGUGGCAGUGUGAAGCGGCGCAAAGACAGGCCAUACGCAUGCCCAGAGCGUUGAAUGUAGAGGAUCCAUGUAUAAUUUGUCAUGAAGAGGUGAAGCCUGAGACCAUGUGUGUGCUGGAGUGUCGACAUGCAUUUCACAAUGAGUGCAUCCGAUCAUGGCUGAACACACAGAGUACGUGUCCUACCUGCAGAAAACAUGUUCUGCAAGUGGACGAGUUCCCUGGGCUUCCUGUCCGACCGGACCGACCCAACGAGUAGCCUAUCGCACCAUUCCAUGACGCUGGACAUGCGUUUCCCUUAAACCACAAACUGGACCACUGUUUACCUUUUUGUUUUAAAGAAUGUGUAUGUAUGUUGCUGUAACACUUCAUCAUUCCUGCUGUCUAUGCAAAAACCAAUUCCUUGCCUUGACUCUUUUUUUUUAUUGUUUAAAUUUGUUUUAAUAGGUUCUUGAUUUUGUUUUGUUUUUUUAAUUGUACGUUUUUCCACAAACGCAUGCAAUCAUUCCAAUAAUUUAAUCAGUUUCACUGGCGCACAGGGUUUACCUCAAAAGCAAAAAAAGAAUUAAAUCAUUCCCAGGUGAUGGAAAAGGUUUUUUUUUCCCUUUUGUGUUUACUUGAGUGAGGAAGACGUGCCUGUUACUUGCUGGUAUUUUUCAUAUUGUUACACGGUUCACAUUUGGUCAGCUUGCUUGCUGAAAAUAAACUUAACGUUUUAAAAAAGA